GGAGGAAGCGACGACGUCAGUGAUCUGCUGCUCUGCUCCGUCACUCUUGUUAUUAGUACUGUUUUAACCGGCCACACUUUUAUAAAACCGUUUCUACUUUUUUUUAUUUUUCAAACUUUAGCUUUGACAACAGCCGCUACCUCCGUGUUUACCCGCUGCCAGCUGGCCGACUUUGACGCAAUAUGCCGACAGAAAAAACCUUCAAACAAAGAAGGACCUUCGAGCAACGAGUAGAAGAUGUGCGACUGAUCCGAGAGCAGCACCCCAACAAGAUACCGGUGAUCAUUGAGAGAUACAAAGGAGAGAAGCAGCUCCCCAUCCUGGAUAAGACCAAGUUCCUGGUGCCCGACCACGUCAACAUGAGCGAGCUCAUCAAGAUCAUCAGGAGGCGCCUCCAGCUGAACUCCAACCAGGCUUUCUUCCUCCUGGUCAACGGCCACAGCAUGGUGUCCGUGUCCGCCGCCAUCUCCGAGGUGUACGAGCGCGAGCGCGACCAGGACGGCUUCCUCUACAUGGUGUACGCCUCCCAGGAGACCUUCGGCUCGGCCGCCCAGUGAACGGCCCGGCUCCUCGGCUCGUCCUCCAUCUGGCCCCCCACCCCCAACAGCGAUCGGACAAUUGUAGUUUCUAGCCUCCGCCCUCCUCGUGUCUCCUGCCACACACCUUUAGUCUUAACGGUAAAAGUUCAACACGAAACAGUAAAUUUCUGGCCUUCUCUCAGCUCGGAUUAGUUCAGAUUGCCGUGUUACAGCAGAUAGACGGUGUGUGUGUGUGUGUGUUGUAGCAUUUCACCAACAGAGUCGAUCAGAAGAGCAGAGUUUAGGUAGGAACCCCCCCCCCAGCUCAGGCCGGUAGAGUCUGUCCGUGUGGCUUCAUGUCGUGCUCUCUGGUCGCGCCCCGCCCGCUGUCGUCUCGGUGUUGUGGUCUCCUCGCCUGUGUUUGCGUUCAUGUGUAGAAACACUUGAGGUCGUUCCCGAAUCGUCCCUCCGGUGGUGAGGCUCCACCGUAGAGUUCCUGGGUUCACGUUUUGAAACGGAGAGCUUUUAUUAGAGAUUUUUUUUUUUAUUAUUAAUGAAGUCGAGACGAUCCCCGAUGAGCGCGUUGCUGCUGUGCGUCUCGUCACAUUCCCACCACGGUUCCUCCCUCCCCCGCCUCGCAGCCUGAAGCAUCUUCACUGUAAUGAGCAAGAAAAAAUAAAAAAAGUUAGGCGACCGCUUUGCUAAUAAAUGGAUGAUUGUAGUUUGCAUAACGAAAAGAGAACGCCUUGGUGUACAGAUAAAGAUGUUGAAUAUUAAAGAGUUGAGAGUGUAGCCAAGUUGAUUUUGGACACACUAAGAAGAGGAGCUGUGUGGUCUGAUUGCAUGCGUGAGUGAGAGGACGAUGGUGUUUCUCGAAGUGUAGAUAUGAGGAGAGGGAGGCCUGCAAGUCACCAUCGUCCCGGUUGUUUUGUUUUGUUGUUUUUUUUUUUUAAUUGAGUUUUUCUGAAGUUGAUUAAAGUGUGGUUGAGUGCAGGAUGAAGAGGAAUUUCCCCCCCGAGCUGUCAGGAUGGAAACUCUCUCGCGCCUGCCUCGUCUUUUCUUCACUUUUAUUUAAGGGCUGUACUCUUAAAUAACUUUACCUGACUGUAGAUGACUCGUCACCUUCUCCGUGCCGCCGUUGCUUCUCUUCCUCCUUCGCCGUCUUCUUCUCCACAUAUCGAGAUUUAGCUGCUCUAUAUCGCAGUAUUUUAUCAUUUUGUUUUCCUUUUUAUUAUUUAACGUGAUUUUUACAUCAUUGUACAACACGUCUUGACUCUUGGCUGUCUGCAGGAUGUAAAGGUGACUUUCUCUUUGUUUUUAUCGGAGCAGUUGACUGUGUGUUUGUUACAGAGGGGUGGAGCAUUUGUGUCUUUUGCCAUUGUCUUCUCCGCCUGCCCCUCUGUUCCACCCACACUCGGCAAUAUCACACAGCCCACCUUUAUGUAUUUAUGUUGGUAUUUUGUAAAGAAUAAAAGGAGAGGAAAUAUGCA